UCAAAUUCCCCCUCCCCAUCUCUAACGAGCGCACUAUCAAAACGUUCUCCCGUUUUAAUCUUCGAUUCAAUUUCAGUUUUGCUCCCGAAAAAGCCCCUCCGAAAUCCUCGAAAUCCCGAAAAUGUCCCACGUCGACGCCGACUCCUCGCCGCCGGCGUCGUUCCCUUCCUUCAGCCGGGACUGGUUCUUCCCUUCCCCUUCCCCGUACUGCGCCCACUCCGCCGCCGCCGCCGCCGCCGCCGCCGCCGCCAAGACCCCGAAGUACCCCCGCCGCUUCUCCACCAACCCGAGGCCCUCCUCCUCCUCCGCCGCCUCCCUCGACCCCAAGCCUCCCCGCCCGCCCUCCUUCCGCUCCGCCCCUCCGGUGAGCCCUCCUCUUCCGUACCGCGAGGCCAGGUAUGCCGGACCCCGCCGGAGGCUCGGCCCCUCGCUCCGAUCGGAGAGGCCGCGGGCGGGCGGCGAGAAGAAGGCCGUCUCGAGCGGUGGCGGCGCGGCUCCGAGCGCCGGCGCCGAUCGAAAGCCGGAGGCGCCUGCGGAGAAGGUCCCGUCGCGAUGCGAAGGGGUCGGGGAUUUGCGGAGGAGGCUCGGGCUUCGGUGGCGGAUGGCGUUUCUAGUGGCGAUUGUGUUGACGGCUUUCAGUUCGGUGGUGCACAAGAACUUCAGUUUACGUAGCCAGGUCGAGGAUUUGCAGGGGCAAAUUUCUCAACUUAGGAUUACCCUGCAAGCCUGCAGUUUAUUGGAUUUAGCAGAAUUUGAAGGUUCUAUAGACAAGCAGAAUCAAGAUGGACCAAAUAAAAGAUUUAAGAACAUUGCUCUGAUAAGCUCGCUCUCCAUAUUAUGUAUUCCUAUUCUCUUGUUCAAGUGCAUUGACAAAGUCCCAAGGUUAAGAUCAUCAGACUGUAUUUUGGAAGAAGUAUCUUUGAAAAAGCAGCUAGCAUAUCGACUGGAUGUAUUUUUCUCGGUUCAUCCAUAUGCUAAGCCAUUGGCAUUGUUGGUCGCAACAUUACUUCUCAUCUUUCUGGGAGGACUAGCACUUUUUGGUGUCACAGAUGAUGACAUGGCAGAUUGUCUUUGGUUAUCAUGGACAUAUGUCGCUAGUGCAGGCAAUCAUGCAGAUUCAGAAGGUUUUGGUCCAAGGUUGGUUUCACUUUUGAUUAGCUUUGGAGGAAUGCUUAUAUUCGCAAUGAUGCUUGGACUUGUUUCUGAUGCUAUCUCCGAGAAGUUUGACUCCUUGAGGAAAGGCAGAAGUGAAGUAGUUGAGCAAAACCACACCUUAAUUCUUGGGUGGAGUGAUAAAUUGGGAUCAUUGUUGAAUCAGCUGGCGCUAGCAAAUGAGAGUUUGGGUGGAGGCACCAUUGUGGUGAUGGCUGAAAGAGAUAAAGAGGAAAUGGAACUUGACAUUGCUAAGAUGGAGUUUGAUUUCAGUGGAACAUCUGUUAUAUGCAGAAGUGGCAGCCCUCUAAUCUUGGCUGACUUGAAAAAGGUCUCUGUCUCCAAAGCCAGAGCAAUAAUCGUCCUUGCUGUAGAUGGUAAUGCUGACCAGAGUGAUGCUCGUGCAUUAAGGACGGUCCUAAGUUUAACUGGAGUUAAAGAAGGGUUAAGAGGGCACAUUGUGGUUGAAUUAAGCGAUCUUGACAAUGAAAUUCUCGUUAAACUUGUUGGCGGAGACCUUGUCGAAACUGUUGUGGCACAUGAUGUGAUUGGUCGCUUGAUGAUUCAAUGUGCUCGGCAGCCUGGAUUGGCACAGAUUUGGGAAGACAUCCUUGGGUUUGAAAACUGUGAGUUUUACAUCAAAAGGUGGCCCCAGUUGGAUGGCAUGCAAUUUGAGGAUGUGCUUAUAAGUUUUCCUGAUGCAAUACCUUGUGGAAUAAAGGUUGCAUCUUGUGGUGGUAAGAUUAUCCUGAAUCCUGACGAUUCCUAUGUUCUACAAGAGGGCGAUGAAGUUCUUGUCAUAGCAGAAGAUGAUGAUACAUACGCUCCAACAGCAUUACCGAUGGUAUGGAGGGGACAUCUACCCAAAGAAUUUAGUAUUGACCAGUCUUCAGAAAAGAUACUUUUUUGUGGUUGGCGGCGAGAUAUGGAAGAUAUGAUUAUGGUAUUGGAUGCGUCUCUAGCACCUGAGUCAGAGCUCUGGAUGUUCAAUGAGGUUCCAGAAGAGGAGAGGGAACAGAAGCUUAUUGAUGGCGGUCUUGAAAUUAGUAGGCUUGCAAACAUAAAAAUAGAAAAUCGAGAAGGAAAUGCAGUUAUACGGCGUCACCUGGAGAGUCUCCCUCUGGAAUCUUUUGAUUCAAUACUAAUUCUUGCUGAUGAAUCAGUGGAAGAUUCAGCCAUUCAAGCUGAUUCAAGAUCUCUUGCCACGUUGCUGUUAAUUCGUGAUAUACAGGCAAAGCGCCUCCCUCUCAGCAUGGCCCCAUCUCGCAGAGGAAAUUUUUCACAAAGCUCUUGGAUGGGGGAAAUGCAGCAGGCUUCUGAUAAAUCAGUAAUCAUAUCUGAAAUACUGGAUCCCAGGACUAAAAAUCUAUUAUCAAUGUCCAAAAUCAGUGAUUACGUUUUGUCAAAUGAGCUUGUCAGCAUGGCUUUGGCAAUGGUUGCUGAGGAUCGCCAGAUAAAUGAUGUUUUGGAAGAGCUCUUCGCAGAGGAGGGAAAUGAGUUGCACAUUAGACCGGCAGAUCUCUACCUUUGUGAAGGUGAAGAGUUGAGUUUCUAUGAACUACUCUUACGCACCCGACUGAGGAGGGAAAUCAUGAUAGGCUAUCGUUUAGCAAACGCAGAGAAAGCUGUCAUAAAUCCCCCCGCAAAAGAUGAGCGCCGGACAUGGUCGGUGAGAGAUGUUUUUGUUGUUAUUACUGAUAAAGAAUGAUAGGUUCAUAUUGCAAGGCCGGAAGAUAUUUUCAUCAGAAGCAAAAUUCUCAACUAGAUGUCAGCAUGGGAUACCCAAAGGUAGAGUCUAUACUGUGUUGUCUAGAAUGACUCUGCCUGAAUCUCUCGGACAGCAUGUCGGCACCCACGAAAUGAUUGCAAUGGGCACAGAGACACCUGCUAAAAAGAAUGUUAUGGGUUAUGUUAUAGUCGGUUGACAGAAAUCAUUGCAUAACUGAGGAAUUUGGCCUCAGAGAUGGACGUGAUGGACAGGAAAUUAAUAUUUACUGUUUUGAUGAGCAGUUGGUUGGUAGAGAGACGGAUUGUGUAGAUGUCCAGAAUAACCGGUGGGAAUCCAAUUGUUGUGAUUGAAGAAUGGUGGAUAGUAUCAGAAUACGGAUGGUACACGAGGUAGAAUUCUGUGAUAGACUGCUGUUAUAGAUUUUCCAGAAAGCAGUGAUGAGUUGUAAAUUGUAAUUAGAAGUUUCAUCUUUCUUUGGAGCGACUUGCUCGUUGACAGGACAUUCAAAUACUUGAGCAAAUGCGAGAAUAAUUUCCUCGUUGGUGUUUGUAAAAGUUUAUCUUCAGAAGGGCUAAUGC